CUGAUAUUUUUUACAGUGGAAGGUUUACCGUCUCUGCCCACUCCUGCAUCUUUUGCCUCUCUUCGCCGUUCCUCUUUCACACAGUUUGCCAGGAGGACCAGCCCCUGUCAGAGCCCUUCUAUACACGCUUCUACACUGAUAAUUUGUUGCACCGACUAACAACUAUGGCUGCACGGGACACUGCCUCUCUGCUCGUCGGACUCGUGGUCCUCCUUCACACCUGGGGAGCGUGGGCCAAGCUGGAGGUGAACAUGGAGGACAGAGUGGAGGUGUUUAGGGGAAACACAACUCAGAUCACCUGCAUGUUCACAUCAGAUCAGGACAUCAGCAACAUAUCCAUAUAUUGGUUCUAUGUGGCACGUUUGGAUGCGCGGCAGCUCAUCUACCACCAGGUUGCCAACUUGGCAUCUGUAACACAAGACACACCGUUUACAGACCGGAUCACUGUGAACAGCACUGGAACCCCUGGACAGGUGGUGUUGACUGUCAGCAGUGUGAAGCUGGAAGAUGAAUUGGAAUUUAUCUGUCGCAUCAGAUCAAGUGAUGAGUAUGAGGAGGGACGUACAAAACUGAAGGUGUUUGAAACACCAGACCGUCCUACCAUCGCGGGUGUUCAAACAGUGAUCUCAGUGAAUGAAAAUAAGCCAUCCAAGAUUGGGAGCUGCAAAGUCAAAAAUGGCUACCCCAAGCCAAACAUCACCUGGUACAGAAACAACACGCCGCUACAUGCUGCUCAGGAUGGGGUGAAAUUGGAGUACAGCACCACCACUGAGUCCAGUCUUCUGCUCUCAGUUACAAGUGUGCUGAACAAGAAGGUAGAGAAGGAGGACAAAGAUGCUAAGUUCUACUGCGAGGUCAGCUACUUCGUUCCUGGGGGAACCAGGAUGACAGAGACCAGCCGGAUUAACAUCACUGUACAAUACCCCUCAACAACUAUAGAUGUGCGGGUGGCACCACCAAAAGACAAAAUCAAGGAAGGGGACUCGAUUGAGUUGAACUGCUAUGGCGAUGGGAAUACUCCAUUACUGUGUUCCAUACAUAAACAUAACGAAACUAACGACAGUUGGGAUACCGCUCCGGCGGUGCUGAAUAAUGUGACCCGUCACAACAGUGGAGUUUACGAGUGCACCUGUACAGAUGUUGAAACGGCCGAUGAGAUCUCAGGAAAGACCGUGGUGAUUGUCAACUAUCUCGAUGCUCCUAAGGUAAAAUCUAAACACCUUAUUGUGUCCCAAGGGGAGGAAGUGGAAGCCACCUGCAACGCUUCGUCAUCUCUCGACACAAGCACAACCUGGUUUAACGUUACUCACACUAACAAAGUGGAGGUUUCUAAGGGUGACACUUUGAGACUUGAGAACGCUACAUUUGACACAGCAGGGACAUAUAUGUGUGUGGUGACUGUUCCUGAGAUUGAGGGCAUGGAAACCAGCGGGACACUUCUUGUUAAUGUCAAAGGCCCACCAGAGAUCAUGGAAAAGGAAAAAACAGUGAUGGAGGUCAAUUUUAAGGAGACAGUCAACCUGAAAUGCCAUGUGAGAGGCUUCCCUGUUCCCAGUGUUACCUGGACCACCCUUGAUGGAAAGGUCCUCAAUACAACAUCUGAAAAAGUGAGUGAGGAGGGCAUUGAGAGCAUGGCCAGUGUGACGGUCACCUCUGACAUCACUGCCUUCUGCAAUGCCUCCAAUGAAUACGGCACACAAGCGGUAGCGGUGAUCUUCAGCAUCAACACCACCGCCACCACCACCACCACCACUACUCCUACUAAUACUACUACUAAUACUACUACUACUACUAGUAAUAGUAGCAGCACUGCCAUUUCCUCUACCUCUGCCACAGUCAAAGCAGGAACAGUGAACCCACCAGAGAACCCACCAAAGAAAAUCAAGAAAGAGGGCAGUGGUGUUAUAAUUGCAGUCCUCAUCAUUUGCAUCCUGCUCCUGGCCAUCCUGGGGAGCGUGCUUUACUUCCUCUACAAAAAGGGCAAGAUCUGUGGCCGUUCCGGCAAACAAAACAUCACAAAAGAGAAGUCCAACAAAGAUAACAUUGUGGUGGAGAUGAAAAGCGACAACACAGAGGAAGCUGUUCUGCUCGGGGUCAAUGGAGAAAAACAACCUACCAGUGACCAGUAAAGGGUGGCGAGUACCUGGACGUGCAGAAGUGAGGAGGUGACAGCAGACACACCAGUAGCUGCUCUUGUUCUUCCCUCUCAGGCUCACACCCACCGAUGCCUUCAAGCUUCCACCAGAGCUCCUUACCCUAGAGCUAUGUCAUGGAAAAGCUCAGUCGUCAGUCAGCUAAUAUCUCAAUAGAUGGCCGAGACUCAGAUUAUCCCAGGCUGCAGCUUUUGCUUACUGUCCUUCACAUCCAAGCACAUUUCUGCCAGAAUGCAACUCGAGCUUUGAGCGCUCCAUGACAUUUCUCUGCUAAAAAAACUUCCACACUCAACCCAAGGACAAAUGUUAGAAUGUAGCCUUCAUUACCAUAAGCCUUGUAUACUGCUGAUAGUCUGUAGAAUUAGAGCACAGUGUUGACCAGGGACUGUUUUUUAUAUCUGACUUACCUCAGAAAAAACAAGCCCUGCAGAGCAGCCUAAAACUACACUGUAAAAAUACAUACGAGUUCUGACCCUUCUCUCAGAAUUCUGAGUGGCCCUAAUCCUCUUCUGUAUCAAACAGGUCUUGAGCAAGUGUACAUAUUAGAAUCUAUGUAUAUAUUUCUUUAUUUAAAAUAACACAAUAGUAAAAAACAAAAAAACAACAACCAAAAGUAAACGACUAGUUUUUUAUUUUGUGCUCUGUGGAGAGCAAGAAGAGCUUGUGUAGUUUUAGCCAUCUGGUUUUUCUUGUUUUCUGUUUUGCUUAAAGGAGUAGUUUGGGAUUUUUCAACUUGGUGUUAAAACAGUAUUGAUGUAUCCCUGUAUAUGCAAGAAUAGGUCUUCGCUGUUGUCACUUCUCUCCACACUGACCCUGAAUGUUUCCACCCAGAGCGUCACUAUGCUGCAAAACAUUAGGAACGAGCUACUGUACGUAGCUCUAGUUCUGUUUAAAUAGACUAACUUUAAAAUAUACUGACUCGAAUUAGCUUAGGGGGACAGCUGAAGCUGCAUCUGAGCCUCAGAUGAACUUUGGAGUGCAUGUUUUUACAGAAUGAGAGCUGUGUAGUUUGUCCCUCAUUUUUUGCAGCGUGGUCACAUUCUGGAUAGAAACAUUCAGGGUCAGUGUGCACUAGAGGUGUGACAACAGACUCAGCUCAUGAAACGAGAUGAUACUACAGGGCGAGGUGAUAUUUUAAGAACUCUUCAAUGACAAAACGUAUCACUGCAAAAAAUCAUAUGUGUGUUAAAACACAGCAGGGAGUUGCAUUUUUAAGGGACUAACAUGAACACUCCGUCAUUCAGUUCUGCUGCUCUGGUUCUGGUAUGUACUGAUAUCACAAAACAGCUUUUCACCUCGGCAGUAAAUAACACGUUAUAACAUCACGAGAUCUUGUCACACCCCUAGUGUGGAGAAUAAGAUAAGUGACAACGACUAAGGCCUAUUCUUGUGCACAGGGAUACGUAAAUAUUGCUGUAGCACCAACUUCAGAAAUCCCAAACUAAUCCUUUAAGUCUGUACAUGGAGAUUUUUGGGAUUGCGACACGUCCCGCAGUAGCCAGUUCCAGCUUUGCCCCAGAAUUCAACCUUUUAGCUCUGAAAACAAACUUUAAUCACACAUCAUUCAUAGUAGUUGUUUCUUUUCUUUGCAGCUGACACUUGUCUUUACACUCUCCAGUUUAUCAAUGGUAAAGAAGAUAUUUUUGCAAAAUGGGAGAAUAAUUUAAGGAUUUGAUUUGGAAGGUUUAACAUUAUUUGUUGUUCUCAACUUCGUAGUUUCUUUCCUUCUCAGUCUAGUUUCGAGAUUUUGUAUGUUUGAGUUCAAGCAUUGCCAACAAUCAAGUAAAAAAGUUAGAUGCCUUAGAAAUUACAUUCAAACUCCACAUUUUGUACUGUUGUUAUAUUUAAGGUUCAGUGCACUGACUUCUUUGUUAUUAUUCUUCAUUGCGCUUUUGUGUUUUCUCUAAUGUGAAGCCGUUGUCUUGUUUAAUGUGUCUAUGCCUGAAUUAAGUGGAUUUCUGUAGCUAUUUCUUUAAGAGGAAGGAUGAGCAUCGAACAGCUUACUGGGUUCACGGUAAAUGUGAUUCACGGCAUGAGGUCACCCUUAUAAGGAAAAGACAUUUCUGUUUAAUUCAUGUGUUGACUGAAACUUGAAAUGAUCUCAGAGACACACUGAAUCCCCCUUAGACACGAUGCCUUAAAUUAACACCCACUCCUCAUUUAAAUGUUAUUUCAUGCCGACACACUAGUGACACGACUACUGAGGAGGGGUGGAUGACUGUGACUGCAUAUAUGCAAAUUUAGUUUAAGGGCAGUUGACAACUUGGGCACUCUGCACAGUUGUCAUACUUAUCCUUCCAAUGCACUGUUAGUUUGCUGUUUUUAAAAACUACCAUAUGGAAGUAAACUUCCGCUAAAUAUUUGAGGAAGCAUAAUCCACAUUUUGAGCACUACUCAGCAUUUGAGAGCACGCACGCACAGAUUUGUAAGUGCAGAAUCAGAUUUGAGAGCAUAGUCCAGGCCAUGCAUGCUCUCAUUUCUUCAGUCUUCAUACUCUUGAGUUCUCCACUGGAGUUGGGGGCAAAACAAGUUGUGAGUGCUCUUCAGUUUGCAAACUAAAAUAUGAGUGCACCCAAGCACAACUUUGUUAGAGCUGAGAGCAAGGGAGGACAGAAUUGUGAGUGUACAUCGUCCCUCACUCUCAAAUGUGAUUCUGCUCUUGCAAAUCUGUAUCUGCAUGCGCUCGUAAAUUCUGCGUUGCAAUGUGAGCAGUGCUCAAAAUGUAGUUAGUGCACCCUCAAACAUUUUGGUGGGGAUUUACUACCAUACCACUGUUAAAGGGUUUUGGAUGUUUGAAAUCUAUAAAAUGUCUUUUAAUGCCUUAGAGCUGUAAGAUGUCAAACUUAAGCCAAUUUACCAACACGUUUGUUUGAGGUUUUUGAAAAUGAAACCAAAUAAAGUGACUGUUCUUGGAAAAAAAACUGAAAAUUUGUCUAAGUUAGACAAUGAGUUUCAUACAGUGCUACUUCUACCUACUUAUCUUAUUGUAAAUGCUUAGCAAAAAUCAAUUCUUAACUCCAUCUCAGACUGAGUUUUUUCUUUCUGCCAGUGUUUAUGGACUUCUGCUCUGUUGAUUUACAGGCAUUUUAUCACAAUUUCUUAAUUAUUUCCCAGUAAGUUUCCCUGGAAAAAACUACUGGUGCUAUUGUACUGUAUUUUGGUACUAAUUACAUCAAAAAUAGAAACGGUGUUCAGUUAAAUAAAUAAAGCAGGUAAAUAAAGCGCUCAUGCAUUCAACAGGUAGACA